UAGUAGCUUCGAAACAUUGCUGAGGUAAACAUAACACACAUAAGAAACGGCAAAGCAGCAAAGCAAAAAUAAAAAAGAAAGCAAAAUUUUUAGCGUGUGUGUUACAAACAUUUUCAAACUGUUGGACGAUUUUUAAAAACUACAAAAAAAUCAAUGUAUUGUUUCGAAAAGAAUUCUAUAUAAGAACACAAGAACACAAUAAUGUACUUGUAAAAUUGUAAAUGAGAAAAAUUUAAUAAUUUUGUGAAAAUUAUUAAAACUUAAUAAUAUAAUAAUUGCCAUCAAACAAAUGCAACGGACCAACGCCAUUUAAGUGAUAAACCACAAAAACAACCAACAACAACAACAACAAAAGUGCUGUGAUUUCCAACUACAAAAUAACAACAAAUGUUAAUUUAACAACAAGCUAAACAACAACAAAUUUGAAGCAAUCAUCAAGCAGCAACAAACAACAAGAAAAACAAAACCAGCAAAUUGUGAUAAAUUUAUAAUUAAAUGCAAACGAGCAAACACUAUUAAUUAAUUUGUUAAAAAACAAAACAAGCAUUAAAUAAAAAAGUGAUACAACAACAACAACAACAGCAGCUACAAAAAGUAGAAGCGAAAAAACAUUUUCACGAUACCCAGCGAGAAAAUCAAAAGUCUAAUGAAAAUGGAAGUACUCGCUAUGCAAUCCAACUACGGUGGUGUCCUGGGAUCCAACAAAUCUAGAGAUUGGACCAGCACAUUGACACCGCCCACGUCCGCCAAGGUGGCCAAGAAGGUCGCAGCCGUCGCUGCCUCCAGCAGCCAGAACAGUAUUAAGCAGCACUCGGCAUCGAAGAAAACCAAAUCGAACAACAGCCAGCAACAACAACACACACAGCAACAGCAGCGUCAGCAUCAGCAGCAGCAGCGACGUCACGACGAAGAUGAAGAUGAAGAAGAGAUGACGCUGCGCAGCGACGUCGAUGCGGCUGCAGUGAAUGCGCUGUCGUUGGGUCUGCUCGACAAGUUGCGCGAGGCGAAAGCACGUCAUUUGACAUGCACCGAAGUGUCGCUACCCUGUGAUCUCACGCCCAGCAUUGCGGCGGAAAUAAUUCGUGUGUCGGAGAAGGAACCAUGCGGCAUUCGCGGCUGCACCAUUUACAUUGAGUUCGAGGAUGAGCCACAAAAUUCGCGUCGCAUCGCUUCGCUGAAAGUCGAUCCCGAGAUGGUGUCCACAUUCGAGGUGUACUUGACGCUGCGACAGGAUCAUCGCGGCUGGACGGCGCUGUUGCCACAAUUCAUGAAGAGCUUGGCACGCACCAUCACCAUCAGUCCCGAGUAUACGAUCACCAAGCACAAACUGUAUUCGCCUGAUGGCUUGGGCGCUAGACGCAGCUAUAGCUUUGGCUCCAGCUCCAGUUCCAGUUCCAGUUCGAGCCAUAGCCAGGCGAUUGCUACGCCAACGAUAUAAAAAGAGUUAACGAAACAAUCGAUCGAGUUAACGCAAACAAUCGAUUGAUCGAGUUUAAAGAGUUAACGCAACAAUCGAUUGAGAACGAGAGAGAGAGAGAGAGAGAGUAAGAUAUAAAGCGAGCCCAGCGAGUGCGAAUUUGAAAACGCGCCCCCAACACCGCCCAACACCCCCUGUGAUGUCGAGAGCAGUAGUUUGUUGCGAGAGCGCAACGCGACGACGAAGCAAGUAUUCGAAGCCACCCCACCUACACACACACACACACAUAUAUACACAUAUACACAUACACACAUACAUAAACUCACACUCAUACUAAUACAGUUGGAAGUUUUUUGUAAUUGUGACUCUCACCACCAUUUUACUUAGAUGCGUAGUAGAUGCUAUAACAACAACAACAACAACAGCAAAAACAAAUAACUAGUGUUUUAAGUUGUUUCUCCUUUUCAACAAAACAAAAAAAAAAACAAAACAAAAUACAAAAAAAUGAAAACAUGAAAUUCAAAGACGGCAACCCGCAAGCCAAAGGCAGCAGCAAAAUAGCAAUAACAGUAAAUGGUCAGCAAACCCAAAAAGAAAAAACAACAAAAAAAAAAAUACCCCUUGCUGCCAUCAAAAGAUAUAAAGCUUAAAAACGCUGCCGAGGCCGCUGCGAGGGUUGCUCAGUCGACAACUCAUGAAUAUGUGAUACUGUUUAAGAUGCUAAGAGUUUUUUGCGUGUGCUCGCCACCCAAAAAACAAAUGAUAUAAUACACACACACACACACACACACACACACACCAACACACAAACACUUACACACACAGCAAAUAGAAAAGGAAAACAAAACUAAAUGUGAACAGAUUUUUAUAAAUUAUAGUAAUAGAAAACAACCAACAAAACAAACAAACAACUUGAUCUUGAUAAAUUUAAAAUUUAAAUGUACGUUUAAUGUGUAGAACGAGCAGAUAUAAGAUAUAAAACGAAAGGAGGCGAAAGCGACAAAACGAUAAUAGGUAGGAAAGAGAAGAAGACGAAGACGAUGAUGACGAAGACGAAGACGAAGACGAUGAAGAGAACGCUCCAAUUUUAGUUAGACGCAGCUUGCUGCAUUAAAAAUUUUUUAAAUUAUUAAUUAAUCUUAAUUAAAACCAACAAAUUUUAGGAUUUUAACAAAUUUUUAUAUAUUAUUAAAUGUAUAGCGCCUACUACAACAACAACAAAUACAAAACAAACAAAAACAUCAUUAAAAUUACAUGAAAAAACAAAAAAAUUAAUUAAUAAUUAAUAAUUGCUUAAAUGUUAAGGCAAAAAGAAUAUCUCAGUAAAUGUGAAAGCGUAAAAAAUUUGUAAAAUUUUUUUUUGUCUGUGUAAAACUCCAAUUGCGAUACAAAAACAAAUAAAGAUUAAAAUUAAACAAAAAAAAAAAAACAAAAACGAAACGAAAAACAAUUUAA